UUGCCAUCUCAAUACUCUCGAAAAUCCUCUUCCAAUUUUGCUCUCUCCCCCCUCUGUUCAAUUCAGGCUGUUUCUGCUCUCUUCUUGUUUUUCUUUUCCCAUGUAGAGCUGAGGUUCUGCUGGUUUUUUUAGCUUUUUUCCCUGGUUUUCUCUGUUCUUUUCAUAUCUUUUUGGUGGGUUUUUGCCCUUCUGUGGGGGGUUUUGGUUGUUAAACUUUGGAUUCCAGAGUCUAUAUAAAAAACCCAUAAAGUCAAAACUCUUGAAAAAACUCCAUUCUUUCAGCAAAAAAAAAAAAGAAAAUUCUUGUUUUUGCUGAGAUUUGCUGAAGAUUUCCUUUUUCUUUUUUUCUGUUGUGAACCUUCAUGCUGCAUACGUUGUUGUUAUUGAUGUUUGAGAUUCAUGUCUCCAGUUGUCCGUGAAAUCCUCCGAUCCGGGUUUAUGAUCAAUCCCUCCCUCAGAAACAGGACCCAUCUUGUUCAAUCUUUCUCAGUUGUCUUCCUCUAUUGGUUCUAUGUUUUUUCAGAAAUAAUUUUUUUUGUAAUUGCUUGAGUUUCACUAUAUAUAUAGUAAGUCAAACAAAUAACUAUCUAGAUUAGCUAAAGAUAGAAUCGGGGUCCUGUCGUCUUUGAGGUUAGAUUAAUAUAUUUUAUAGAAGUUGUAGCAGUGAUUUUGGUGUAAAUAUAACAUGGCUUCGUCUAGUGGAAAUUCCAAUUCCUUAGGUUCCACUCUGAUUCAGAAUUCUGGCUCUGAAGAGGGCUUGCAUCAGUUGAUGGAUCAAAGGAAAAGAAAGAGAAUGGAAUCAAACCGAGAAUCAGCAAGAAGAUCCAGGAUGAGAAAACAGAAGCACUUAGAUGAUUUAGUGGCCCAAAUGACACAGCUAGGGAAGGAUAAUGACCAAAUCCUGACAAGCAUCAACUUCACCACCCAGCACUAUUUGAACAUUGAGGCUGAGAACUCAGUUUUGAGGGCUCAGAUGACGGAACUGAGCCAAAGGCUAGACUCUCUAAAUGAGAUCCUUAAUUAUCUCAGCAGCCCCACAACAAACAAUGGGGUGUAUGAAAUCGAGGGUUUUGAAACCAGUCCUGACAGUUUCAUCAACCCUUUUAAUCUGCCUUAUUUUAACCAGACCAUCAUGGCCUCUGCAGACAUCUUUCAAUACUGAUCCUCAUCCUCAUCCACACCAUCAUCACUAAACGGAUGAAAAAAUGGUCAAAGUUAUGGAUGUCUUUACAAUAAUUUCUUGGUGGUUUUUUCCUUUUUUUUUUUAAUGUGGGCAUCAAUGAGUGGAGAGGAAAAAAGAGGGUACUAUUAUUUUUUCCCCUUCUUUUAUGUUGCUAUUAUUAAUAAUAUUAAUAUUACUAAAAUAUUAGCGUUAGUCAACUAGGCAGAUGAUGUAAAAGAGAAUUGGCAACUAGCAAGUAAAAGCUGCUUGCUAGGGAUAAAAAUUAUGAGUUUUUUGUAAAUGGGGAUUUCAGAUAUAAAAUAUGGUGUGAAGGAUUGUGCAUGAA